AGCCUAGCAGGAAGUGAGCUGGGAGGUGUUCUGACGAUGAAAACAUUUUCGCGGGCGCUUCCCAGACCCUGAAGGAGCUCAGCCUGCAAAAUUCAAACUUGAACGUCUGCCGAUUUGGUUUCUUUGUCAGACAUGAGAAGCUUGGAGGAUCUUGAUUUGUCAGAAAAUGCCAUCAACGAUAUCCUGGAGAACGUUUUCGCACGAUUAAAACAUUUAAAAAAACUGGAUCUUUCACGCAACGCGAUCGUCAAAAUUGCUGAUGGAGCCUUUCGAGGGCUUGAAUACUCCUUGGAGUCGCUGGAUCUCCAUAGAAACUAUCUGGAGACAGUAUCGGUCUGCGCCAUGGAAGGGCUGCAGCGUCUUGGAGACCUCAGGCUAAAAGAAAACCCGUUAAUCUGUGACUGCAGGGUCACCUGGCUUCACAAUUGGGUGCAGAUGACUUUCCAAGAACAUCAUCGUCACCUGCUGGAAUGGACAUGCACAGGACCUGCUCACCUAGACCAGAGAUCAUUCGGCUCGCUUUCCCUGAGUGACUUGCAGUGUAGGAACCUGACUGAAAACACACCCACUGUAGCCUGCAACUGGACAACAACAGAACCGUACUCUUAUUCCGUCGACGCAAACCCGGCCUACGUCAACGUCCUGCCUACUCCCAUAAUGCCUCUGGAUCUGCUGGGCGCAAGAGUACACGUGCAUGUGGAACCCAAGAGCAAGUCCGCCAUCUUGGUCAGGUGGAGCGUCAACAGCACCAGCAAGCUCUCCGGCUGCAGACUGGUCGUGCGGAGAAGCAACGACUCGGUAGAGGAGACAGAUGUAACAUUCUCAGGGGAUGUGACGAGGCAUCUGGUCAUUGGGCUGUCCGAAGGUGUUCUGUACGAAACCUGUGUUACGGCACUCGACGGAAAUGAAGUUCCAGUGGGCAGGGACUGUUCAGAAUCGAAGACGGUCAACGGAACAACUGUCAUGAAGGUGUUUCACGAUCCGGCGCCUGUCUCCUUCACCACCCUGAUGUCAACCUACAUCGUCGGUUGCCUGAUGGCGUCCACUCUCUGCGUAUUCCUGGCCGUGGCAAUGCGCAGGCGCAGAGAGACGAAAAAAUGCGGGCGCAGCUUCCUGCCAGGCUACAGCGCGUGGGGAGGCCCUCGCUUCUCCGUGCCCAGCCACUCAUCGGCCGCGACCUCCACCUGCUACUUCAACGCCCCUUCUAUCUCCAGCUUCGAGGAGGACGGCCUCGUCGUCACCAUCGGGGGGCUCAGCGGAGACGCCGGCGUCGCUGGAGAGUUCGGCGGCGAGAGCGUUGAUGGCGUCAUCGACACGAAUUCCUGCGACGACGGCGCGCGCGAGCUGGUCGCACCCGAUGCAGGUGACGUCAGCAGCCGAGGCAGUGGUAGUGGGGGAGAUUACUACUUAGGAAACGGCCGUUGCAGUACUGUCAGCUCUUUCAGGCGACAUCUGCCAGCGAACUACAUCGUCACCAACACCGACAUUAGCGACGAUUUCUUUUUUCACUUUUAGACAUUCGAUGGACAGACAACCCGGUUUUUUGUUCUGAAUCGUUUAUAAUGCAAGCUUGUUUUGGUAACAAAGGGGGAUAAUUUCCUUAGUCUCAUACUGACUAGAGUAAGCUCUCAUUGAAGGGAGACGAGGACUGUCAGUUUACUAAGCUUUUUUUUUUUUUUUAAUUUUUUGGUUAAUUGCAUGGAACGCUGUUCACUUGGGUGUUCAUGCGCGCGUGAGUGCGUGCAAAUAAUUUUGCGUGUUCGAGGAAAGAUUAUACACAAUAUUACAUGAUUAUGUCUACUUGUUGUCCCACAUCAAAAUAGAAGCUUUUUUCCUUGCAGAUGUAUAGUCUACUUGGAAGUUUGUGUGUCAUUGAUACACUUUAAUUAGAAUCUAUUGUUUAAAAAUUAUGAUUUAAUUUUCGAAAUUUACUAAAUGCCUUUCUGUACAAAUAUGCAUUUAAAUAAAUUUGCUAGUCCUUUUAUAAAUAACAAUUUAUUGAUGUUUUUAUUUAUGUUUAAACGUGACACACUACUGGUGUUUUGGAAUGUUACAUUAUUAUUUUAUACCAUUACCUAGAUUACCUUUUUUAUUUUUCCACGUGCCGGGAAAUGUGACAUAUCGACUUCGAUGUGGUGAGGGGUAAGACAUUUCUUUUCGCUGGAGAUAAGCGCCAACGACAGUUACUGCGUACGACGAAUCGCACGACUGUGGUGAUAA